ACUUCCCAGCAGUGCAAGCUCCACUGUUAAGUUGCUUGGAGGAGUUUGGAGGAACUAGAAGUGGAAACCAGGAAAAGCACAAUCCUGGGAUGACCAGAGAUCCUUCUCCCAAAGAUGGACAAGUAAAUGCAGAAAUGCAGGAAAAUAAGCAUUGGGUGUUUUCAUAAUGGCUAUGCAUACUAGUCAUGUCUUCCAUGGCCGAGAUAAUAAAUUUCUGGAAGAUCAUUGCAUGAGGAGAAACAAUGACAGACAUGCAAAGAAGCAAUUGAACCAGAAGGAUAUCAGUGGACUUGGCCCAAAUCCAGACAAUGGACUUCUGGUUACACAUGUUAACCAGACCCAGGACUUACUGAGGCUGCAAGGAGAUGAGACCCAGCCUUCAGCUUGGGAAGACUUGGAAGAUUGGCUUUCAACGCACAGUUUGAAGUUUGAGAGGCUCACCUUGGCUGACCUGAUAAGCCAGGGCACAGCCCUCCUGGAGGAGGGCAGCAAUGUCAAGAGGAAAAUGCACUUUUCCACCCAGAUCGUCCACCAAUUUGAAUCAAGGCUUUCUGAAGUUAUUGAACUCUACCAACAGAGACUCCAGUGGCUCACAGAAGACAGCAAGAAGGCAUUUGGCCUCAUCAGAGGGACCAGAGUUGGUAUCCUUAUUGAUGUGUCAGCGGUCAGCAGUGGCCCUCAGAAAGAGGAGUUCCAAAAUGACCUCAUGAGCCUAAUUGAUGAGCAGCUGAGCCACAAGGAGAAGCUGUAUGUCCUGUCCUUCGGCACCACCACCAGCACCCUUUGGCCAGACCCUGUGAAAGUCAGUGCGUCCACCCUACAGGAACUCAAGCUCUGGAUAAAGAAGCUGCACCCUGAGGGAGGCAGCAAUCUGCUGCAGGCCCUGAGGAAAAUCUUCACUCUCAAGGGGCUGACUUCACUGGUGACCAUCAUGGGAAGCUGCCCAGAUCAGCCUCCUGAAAUCCUGUCUCACUACAUCCAACAGUCCACCUUGGGAAGUGGCCUCAUCACCCACAUCAUCACCUACAAAUGCGACAAUCAGGUGCCCCCUGCUGUCCUAAAGAACCUUGCAGAAGCUCUUGGGGGCUACUACCACUGCUACAGCCAAGAGAUGGAGAUCUACACUAGCUGGGAUAUGGACCAGCUCCUGGCAGAAAUCCAGAAGGCCCAGAGCCUCCUGGACCACAUCCAAGCCCUGCGCCACAGCGCCCCCGGUGAGGAGCUAACCAGCGCCGUGAAGGAGAUUUCCCCUGACAUUGCAAAGGGACCACUCACAAGUCUCUUGCCUAAAUCCCCAAAGCAUGAGGCUGCCCUCAUAAUUGAGUUCCCAAACUUGGAAAAGACUUCUGCAGAAUGGCUACGGAUCAAUGGCCUAAAAGCCAAGAAGCUAAGCCUUUAUCAAGUUCUUGCACCCAAUGCAUUCUCUCCUGUGAAGGAAUUUGUGCCUAUUCUCCAGAAAAUGGUUUCAUCAACUAUCCAUGAGAAGGCAAUGGUACAGUUUGAAUGGCAUGACGGGACAGUGAAGAAUAUUCAUGUGGACCCUCCCUUCCUCUAUGAGUACCAGAAACGGCUUAGCAGAGCUAUGCGGAUGUAUGAGCGACGGAUCAAGUGGCUCUCUUUGGCCAGCAGAAGAAUCUGGGGUACAGUCUGUGAAAAAAGGGUGGUUAUCGUGCUUGAUACCUCUGUGACCAAUUCCAUGUACAUUAUUCAUAUCCAGCACUCCCUGCGGCUUCUGCUGGAGGAGCAACUGUCCAACAAGGACUGCUUCAACAUUAUCGCGUUUGGGAGCACCAUUGAAAGCUGGAGGCCAAAGAUGGUUGCCGUGAGCCAUGACAGCUUACAGUGUGCCUGGCGGUGGGCCCUGACACUGCAGUGUGGGGGCAGCAGGAAUGUCCUCAGCGCCCUGCGGAAGGCCGUGGAAGUGGACUUCAAGGACAAAGACAAACACCAGUCACAGGGCAUCUACCUCUUCACGGGGGGCAUCCCUGACCAGGACAUGCCCAUAAUCAGCGCCUACAUGGCUGAGGCCUGUGGGGGCUGCAAUCUCCAGCUGAACGUGUGUCUAUUCUACAUGGGCGAGCCACAGAUGGACACUGUGCCCCCUGCCUGCUAUGCCAGCAGCACCGACACGGCCACUGCCUACAGGGAGGUCACCCGGGCUGCUGGCGGCCGCUUCCACUGGUUUGGAGACACAGGUAUUUAUGAAAGUGAUGACAUCAAUGCCAUCAUGUCUGAGAUGGAAAAGGCUCUCAAUUACUCCCAAAAGUGUGCCUUACUAGUAUCCUCCCUGAAGAACCAGUCCAGAAAAGAACUGGAAAGUACAGGCCUCCUGAAAGAAAAGCCAAAGAUGCUCAAGCAAAGAAGUCAGCCCAAGAAAUUCUGUCCUUCCAAGCCCACAGCCUCUUCGGUGGCCAGAAUGAGCCUUAAAGAUGACCCUGACAGAGAGAACAGUGCACCCUCAAAAACUCUGCCGUGGCACCCACUCAGUGGUAAAGCAGUCAGCCCACCAGUUGUAGCCCAGCCAGUGAAAGAUGGGACAGCAGAACACAGGAAGACCAAGUCGAGGAAAGCAGAGACAUCUCUCUCACUGUUUUAUAUGGAGAAAGGGAAUACCGUGGGCUCGGUGUACAAGAAGUACCCUCAAGGAAGGGUCAUAAGAAGGUCUAUGUCUUCUGUUGAGUUGCCCAGAAAGGAUAUAAUUUGCUCAAGUCAAGAGUGGAUAGCAAAUUAUGGGCUAAGAAAGCUGAAGAUGCAGAUUUCCAGAUACAUCGGUCCCAUUUGUACUCAUCAAAAGUCAGCACAGAGGUUGGCAUCAGCCAAAUACUGCAGCAACUUCCCCAGCAUAGAGAUCAAUGGCAUGGUGAGACACAUUCAGUGGAUGCCCAGAGAGCUAGAAGCAUACAUCAGGUGCCUGGAGAAGGUGAUUAGACGCUACAUCCAGAGGCUGCAGUGGCUGCUGUCGGGGAGCCGCCGACUGUUUGGGGCCAUUUUGGAGAGCAAAGUGUGCAUCCUGCUGGACACGUCAGGGUCCAUGGGCCGCUACCUGCAGCAGGUGAAGACAGAGCUGAUUCUGCUGAUUUGGGAGCAGCUGCGGAAGCACUGUGACAGUUUUAACCUGCUCAGCUUUGCAGAGGGCCUACAACCAUGGCAAGACACCCUGGUGGAGACCACAGAUGCAGCAUGUCACGAGGCUAUGCAAUGGGUGACCCACCUUCACGCUCAGGGGAGCACCUCAGUCUUACAGGCACUGCUGAAAGCUUUCAGUUUUCCCCAUGUGGAAGGAGUGUACCUUCUGACUGACGGGAAGCCGGAUACCAGCUGCAGCCUUAUUCUAAGUGAGGUCAAAAGAGUCAUGGAGGAAAGAGACGUGAAAGUGCACACCAUUUCCCUGAACGGCAGCGGCAGGGCAGCGGUUAGCUUCCUGAGAAAUCUGGCCUCCCUCACAGGGGGCCGCUACCACUGCCCCGUUGGUGAGGACACACUCUUCAAAAUUCAUGGCCUCUUGACCAAAGACUUCGUGGAUGAAAGGGAUCCCAUGCUGCCAGGAUUUGAAGGAGAUGAUUUGAGGAGAUUGGCCCAGGAGAUUGCCAAGGCCAGGAGCUUCCUCUGUCAGGCCAAGGCCUUCAGGUCCCAACUCCAGAAAAAGAAAAACAGUGCAGAACCAGAAGUUGCUCUUUUUUAGAGACUUGUUUUCAAGGUGACUCAUGCUCAUCCCUCAAGGACAGCUCUUUGAGGCAUCAGCUCCAUUGUGAAGAUGUCCCUGGAAGCCAUCAAGAGCUGGGAGCUCCAGCCUUCCUGCCACAGUGUCCUGACCAAACAUCGCUCUUUACAGAGGUGACACUUAUGACACAGGUCAUGCUCCUUGCUCCCUUGUCAACUCCUCUUCUUGACUGUGAGCUCCCUCAGGAUGAAGCUGGUGUCCUACCCAUCUCUCAGUGCUGAGAACCCGCCACCUGGCAAACACGCAGUAAACACUGGGCAUCCAGCUUGGCUGUGGGAGCCCACCUGUAGAAAAUAACCAUAUGGGGUUGUUUCUGCCCUGGGCCCCUUGCUCUGUGCUUCCCACCCACCCUGGUCCAUGGGGACAAUGGGCAUUCAAUACAUUUUGCAGGGAAGAGGAAACAGGUGAAUCUUACUGCCAUUCCCCUGCCCCUGGCUCAACCAAACUGAGCUGAAGUCUGCUCUGGAGCCCAGUCCAGAGAAUGCUCGGGUCAAGCAUGUGAAAAUAGGGGGCCCAGCAUACAUAUGAAAAUGUAUGUGUCCUGUAUCAUGUGGUCUGGGGUCAUUUUCUAAGACAAGAGAAAAAUUGCUUUUAUUUAAUAGGAUCAAAAUAACUUUUAAUCUAAAGUGAUCAUUGGUGUCUGUGUGUGUAUGUGUAAAUUUUUGAUAAGAUAAAAAGACUCUAGAAUUUUAAAAAAGGGACGAAAGACUCAGGUAUAAAUGGACAAUCGGUAUAUGAAAAGGUGUUCAACAGCCCUACCCACCAGUGAAAUUCAAGUUAAAAUCACAAUGAGAUACCACUACACACCCACCAGAGUGGCUGAAAAUAAAAAGACUGAAAAUAUCAAGAUACAGAGCAGUUGGAAUUCUCAUGCAUUGCUGGGGUGAGGGAGGGGCCAUGUCAAUUAGUUCAACCACUUUGGAAAACUGUGUGGCAAUUUCUACCACAGUGAAACAUACCCACUCUAUGACCAAGCAAUUCUACUCCAAGGGAAACAAGUACAUAAGUUCCACAAAACACUCAGACGUUUAUAGCAGAUUUAUUCAUAAGAGCCAAAAAUUGGAAACUACCUAAAUGUCCAUUAAUGGUAGAAUGGACAAACUGAUACAUUUGUACAGAGGAAUACUACACACAUAUUUUUUUAAUGAGCUGAAGCUAUAUUCAACAAGAUGCAUCAGUCUUAUGAAUAAUAUUGGGCAAAAGAAAUCAGCCACAGAAGAAUACAUACUAUGUAAUUCCGUAUAUGUGAAUUUCAAGAACAGGCAAAACUACUGUUGGUGACAGAAGCCAGAAUAUUGGUCAAUAUUCUAUAUCUUGAUUUGGGUGGUGGCUACACUGGUAUACACAUAAGGAAAAAAUCAUCAAGUCCAAAAAAAAAAAACUGUUUGACAAGUUCUAAGGCUUGACAAGCCCUGACUUUGGCCAGGCUGCAUGCUGGGACCAGGGAGGCAGCAGUGACCACAGUACCUCCACAGGGCAUCUCAGUCUGGUCACUGUCUCAGACAGUUGCCCUUCUGCACCACCUCUACAAACACAGAGAAAAUGGCCUGUGGGGGCCAUAUUGCUUUGCUAGGGCUAUUGUAAUAAAGUACCAUAAACUGAGUGGCUGGAACAAAAGAAAUUUAUUGUCUUCAGUUCAGGAGGCUAGAGUCUGAGAAGAAGAUACCAGCAGGGCCAUGCCCCCUCGGAAGGAGCUAGAAAGGAUCUGUUCACGGACUCUCUACUGGCUUCUAGUAGUUGCUUGGCUGUGGAAGCAAAACUCCGG